GAAAAACCGCCGAAGAAAUCGAAAAGGAGAUCAAUUUCGAUAGUCUAAAAGCAAUCCCAUCUCACGUAAUUGUACAUGCUGGGACAAACAACCUGCCUCUAGAAUCUGCUUCUGAAUGUGCUCAGAAAAUUGAGAAGCUUGCUGCGAAAGUAAAGUCACAAUUUCCCUACUCGAAAAUUGGUCUAUCAGGCCUAACGGCGCGGCGAGAUGUUGCUAUGUCUGAAAAGAUUGAUGAGGUUAAUAAGGAGCUUCAGCAUACUUGUAUGCAACUGGAUGUCUCGUUUAUUGACAAUACGACUAUAGAUGACACAUGCCUAAAUGGAAGUAAGCUUCAUCUAAAUGCGAAGGGCUCGGCUAUUCUAGCAGUCCAUUUUAUCAAAUUUCUCAAGGGGGGCAGUGCAUCAACCUCUCCAAGUAAACGAAGGCAAAACUACGAGGAUUUUCAGCGAUCGGCAAUUCUGAAACAUGGAGAACUGUUAAAGAUAAUUGUCCCUCCAGACAAGGGCACCCGCACCCGCAGAAGGAAAUAA